GCACAUACCCGCUGACAUCGGCACAGCUGCUGCUCGCUGUUGACUGAAGAAUGCAAGCGAGAUACUUCAACUCGAGCUUGACCUUCACAUCCACUCGCAUGCUCGGAACAGAAAGGCAAAAGGUACGAUACUGAAAUCAUCGCAGGAGACAAAAUCCCAGGCUGGACAGUCAAACAUGUCGACCGGCUCACAGACGCGAGUGAUCCUCGUCACGCUCUCUACGGGCAAGCAAGGAAGCGCAGUGGUGCGAGCGCUUGCGGAUCUCAACGAAGCCCACUCAGGCUCAUCUGCGCAGGACUUGAAGUUCCUCAUCCUGGCCUGCACGCGCGAUGCUUCUCCAUCCAAUCCCAAAGCCGUAGAGCUGUCAGGCUUAAAAGGAGUCAAGAUGCUAGAGACGCCCUACCGUCCUGCCGAAAUCUUCAAGCGCGCAGACGAGCUUUUGGAAAAGGAGGCGUUGGAAUCGGGAAAGAUUUCGGCAGUGUUUAGUGUGCAGCAAGGAUUGGACAACAAGGAAGGAGGAUUGCAGAUGGAGAUGGAGCAAGGCAAGGGAAUGGCGGACGAAGCGAGCAAGCGGGCACAAAGCAUGGAUCUAUUCGUCUAUUCCAGCGUAGACUUUGGCGGCAUUAAUCCCACUCCAUGCGAUCACUUCGAAUCCAAACGCACAAUUGAAGAUUACAUCAAGUCCGCUCAUGCAGAUUUGCCGCUGACCAUUCUUCGACCCGUCUUCUUCGCCGAUAACAUCGCCGACUAUGGAUACUCUGGCAAAUUGUUCGUAGCGGCGCUUAAUGGAUGCGUCAAGGACAAGCUGCAAAUGAUUGCGUGCAAAGACAUCGGCAUCUUUGCCAGCAAGGCGAUAGAGGACCCUUCGGGUUGGAAAGGACGCACGCUCAGUCUGGCAGGCGAUUACCUGUCGCCAAAAGAGAUGGCUAGUCAGUUCAAGGAGGUCAAGGGAAGCGCUCUGCCUGCCACCAGCAGCCUGCUGGGAUUCGGUCUUGUCAAGAGCGUUCCUCCACUCAGGAUCAUGUUCAACUUCUUCAACGAUCCCGGAUUCAAGGCGGAUAUUGAAGAGUGCAGAUCCAUUCAUCCGGGGCUCCAGAGCUGGAAGGAUUAUGUGCAGGACAAGUGGUAGAUGCGAUGUCGCGCGCGUGCCCCAUUGCCGGUCUCCACACCAUACUCUUGCGUUUUGACUCGCCCAACCGAGCAGUUCGCUGGAAUGAUAGCUUUCGCCUGAAAAUUCUUGCUACGGGCCCCUUCCGUCGAGUCGUCCUGACCAAGCGUUCAUCCUCCUACCGGCGCAAAUUCGCCUUCUCAGCGCCUCUCAUAGAGCUUGAGCUCAUAAGCUCACGCCACAAUCCUUGGAUUUGAUGACGCUUGUCAUCCAUCCACCCUCCUGCAGCCUUGGACAAGCACUACUAAUUGCUAUACGUGUGAUGUGUUUCAAAGAAACAUUUGAAGCCAUUGCGAAGUCGAAUCAUACCAAC